GCAUCUGAUUUACUCACCAGUCACCGCCUAAUCCAUCCAUAAAAAAAUGGCGCGAACAAAGCAAACUGCUCGGAAAUCAACCGGCGGAAAAGCUCCAAGGAAGCAACUGGCAACGAAGGCCGCUCGGAAAUCAGCUCCGGCGACCGGAGGAGUGAAGAAACCGCACAGAUUUAGGCCAGGAACGGUGGCGCUGAGAGAGAUCCGGAAGUACCAGAAGAGUACGGAGCUGUUGAUCCGUAAGCUUCCGUUUCAACGGCUCGUGAGAGAAAUCGCACAGGAUUUUAAAACGGAUUUGAGGUUUCAGAGCAGUGCGGUUGCUGCGCUUCAAGAGGCGUCAGAGGCGUACUUGGUAGGGUUGUUUGAGGAUACUAAUUUGUGUGCCAUUCAUGCGAAGAGAGUUACAAUUAUGCCCAAAGAUAUGCAGUUAGCUAGGAGGAUUAGAGGUGAGAGGGCUUAGCUUAGCUUUGUUCUUUCAUCAAAUAAGAGGUGUUGUUUAGGGUUUUUUGAGUUGAUGUUAUUAGUGUUGAUCGAUUGUAUUAGAAAAUUGCAUAUUUACCCUUUUUUUAACUA